UAAAAAAACAAAUGCAAAAAAAAUACCUAAUAUUGGCGGUUCAGUCACGCCGUAAAUUAACAGAAGUUGUAAUUAGCAACUCUGUGCAACCAUGACCGGCGGCGAGGACCACAACCCAAACAAAGCCUUGACCACCACCAAAUUCUCCGACCUAAACCCGCCGCUAUCCGAACCGGUUCUGGAAGCACUAAGGGAUUCCGGUUUCGAGUUCUGUACACCGGUUCAAGCCGCCACCAUACCCUUGUUAUGCAGCUACAAAGACGUUGCAGUCGACGCCGCCACCGGCUCCGGAAAAACCCUAGCUUUCGUCAUCCCCCUUGUCGAGAUCCUCCGCCGCACCGCCACCCCUAAGCCCCACCAGGUGUUGGGAAUAAUAAUUUCUCCAACAAGGGAGUUGUCAUCCCAGAUAUUUAAGGUUGCAGAGCCGUUUAUCGCGACAUUGUCGAAUGUGAGGCCAAUGCUAUUAGUCGGUGGAGCGGAAGUGAAAACUGAUAUGAGUCAAAUAGAAGAAGAAGGAGCUAAUCUGUUAAUUGGAACUCCCGGGAGAUUGAAUGAUAUAAUGGAGCGCAUGGAUGGAUUGGACUAUCGCGAUCUCGAGAUAUUGAUAUUAGACGAAGCUGAUAGAUUACUAGAUAUGGGAUUUCAGAAGCAGAUAAGUUCGAUUAUAUCACGUUUACCAAAGCUUCGUAGAACAGGACUUUUUUCGGCUACUCAAACUAAGGCGAUCGAAGAGCUAUCUAAAGCAGGAUUAAGGAAUCCUGUGAGGGUAGAAGUUAAAGCUGAAGUAAAGGGACAAAACGAUAAUGCAUCUUCUCAAGAAAAUUCCUCUUCAAUAACUCCUUCGGGACUUCAUAUCGAGUAUCUUCAAUGCGAAGCCGACAAGAAACCUUUACAGCUCAUUGAUCUACUCAUCAGAAACAAGGCUCAGAAAAUGAUAGUCUAUUUUAUGACUUGUGCGUGUGUUGAUUACUGGGGAGCUGUACUUCCUUGCCUUCCUUCAAUGAAGGGUUUCUCUCUAAUCUCUCUUCACGGAAAGAUGAAGCAGGCAGCGAGGGAGAAGGCAUUAGCAUCAUUUACACCUCUUUCGAGUGGCGUUCUUCUUUGCACUGAUGUAGCAGCACGUGGGCUCGACAUUCCUGGUGUUGACUGCAUAGUACAGUAUGACCCUCCGCAAGACCCCAAUGUGUUUAUACACAGAGUGGGCCGAACUGCUAGGAUGGGACGACAAGGAGCUGCAAUUGUUUUCCUGUUGCCAAAGGAGGAAGCAUAUGUAGAAUUUCUGAGGAUAAGAAGAGUUCCACUGGAAGAGAGACAAUGCUCCGACGAUGUUCCUGAUAUCAUUCCUCAGAUACGUUCGGCUGCAAAAAAAGAUCGUGACAUUAUGGAAAAGGGACUUAGGGCUUUCGUAUCGUUUGUCCGUGCUUAUAAAGAGCAUCACUGUUCUUUUAUAUUCAGGUGGAAAGAACUCGAAAUCGGGAAGUUGGGCAUGGGAUUUGGUCUAUUACAGCUCCCAUCCAUGCCUGAAGUUAAGCACUACUCUCUUUCUACUGCAGGUUUUGUUCCAGUUGAAGAUUUACACCUGGAAGAUAUCAAAUUCAAGGAUAAGUCUAGAGAGAAACAAAGAAAGAAAAACCUGAAAGAAAGACAAGCUGCAAAAGAGGAAAAGAAGACGAAGUUUAAAGCACCGUCAAAUGCUCCAAUAACUGCCACCAGGAAGAAAACGGCCCGACAAAGACGAGCUGUUCAAACAACAGAAGAUGCAGAUGAGCUGGAACGAGACUAUCGCCUACUGAAGAAGCUGAAAAAAGGAACUAUUGAUGAAAACGAAUUUGCGAAAUUAACUGGAACAGAAGAUCUGCUUUGAGACUUUUACCGAAGGGAAAAAAGGAUGUUGAGUAAGUUCGUCGUUUUAAAAUAUUUUAUGUUGAAACAGUUUAGCUAGUUUGUUUUGUGGUGUGGUUCGUGAAAGUUAAUGCUUAGGUUUUUUUGUACUCUGAUUUUUUUACGGAAACUAAUUCGUAGAGUUCUAUACAUCAGUUUUGUCUUCUUUGGUACAAAGAAAAAAUCUGCAGAAUUUGAACUCCUGAACGCGAACGCGAGAGCAGUACGUACAACACGAAAUCCUCUUGGUCGUUCUUUUUAUAUCCUCUACGCUACUCAAUGUUAUCAAAUCGACGUAUUGCAUCGUAAUGUUUUCCUCUU